UGUAUAUCAGUAUAUGUAUAUGUAUAUAUGUACACAUAUACGUAUACUAAUCAGGCUAUAUAUAUAGUCCUCAGCUGUCCUCCAAGAAGAACAACAAGCUUUUCAAGUCUUAUAGAAGGACAAAAAAAGCAAAAAGAGAAAAAGAGAAAAGUGUAUUUUGCUUCAUUUUCUUCAAGAAAAUGGAAACCCAAAACGAAAUUAUGCUUGUAGAAGCGGAAACAUGUUCAGAUGAGAAGAGUGUUUGUUCUUCAGGGAAAAAGAGAGCUCCAAUAUUGUUUGGUUGGCCAUGGCAGAAUCUGUCAAAUUUCAAGUAUUUGUUGUUUGGGCCACUUCUUGCUGAGUUAAUCUAUUCAAGAAUCUAUGAAAAGAAGCACAGUGAGUAUAGUUGGUGUUUGCAUAUUCUAAUAUUGUCUUCACUACGAGGACUUGUGCACCAGCUAUGGAGUUCCUAUAACAACACGCAUUAUCUUAAUCGAAAUCAUCGGUUAUCUGAAAAAGCCAUUGGUUUUGAUCAAAUUGACAAAGAAUGGCAUUGGGAUAAUUUCAUCAUACUUGAAGCAUCUGUAGCCUCAAUAAUCUUAUUGAUCAAUCCAUCAGUGACCAAUCUGCCUGUAUGGAAAACCAGUGGGAUUAUUUCUUGUGUAAUUUUCCAUAUUGGCCUCUCAGAACCUCUAUAUUAUUGGCUUCAUAGAUUAUUACAUUCCGAAUAUUUCUUCCAACGAUAUCAUUGGUUACACCACAGUUCUACAGUGAACAAUCCAUUUACAGCCGGUCAUGCGACAUUUUUGGAGCAUUUAUUACUUUGUGUAAUUAUGGGAGUUCCAAUUCUUGGGAGUACUUUGAUAGGACAUGGUUCGAUCAUUAUGUUCUAUGGCUAUGUUUUGGUGUUUGAUUUCCUAAGAUGUAUGGGGCAUAGUAACAUUGAAGUUGUUCCUCAUCACAUCUUCGAUACCAUGCCUAUGGUCAAAUACAUUAUUUAUACACCAACGUACCAUUUUCUACAUCACAAAGACAUGAAGACGAAUUUUUGCCUUUUUAUGCCUCUUUUUGAUGUUUUUGGAAAGACAAUGAACGAAAUUUCAUGGGAUCUUCAUAGAGAAAUAAGUUCAAAUGAAGGAACGAAAGAAAAAGCACCAGAAUUUGUGUUUCUUGCACAUAUGGUUGAUAUCAUGUCAAUAAUUCAUGCUCCAUUUUUUUUGAGAUCGUGCAGCUCUUUACCAUUUGCCAGAAAUAUUAUCUUCUAUCUAAAUUGGCCGUUAGCUUUCUUGGUGAUGCUGAUGAUGUGGGCUAAAUCUAAAACUUUCUUGUUCACUUUCUGGUAUCUUAGAGGACGGUUGUUUCAUUAUUGGGUCGUGCCACGAUUUGGGUUCAUGUAUUUUAUACCGUCUGCAAAAGAUGGCAUAAAUAGCCAAAUCGAAGAAGCUAUACUGAAGGCCGAUAGAAUUGGUGUCAAGGUCCUUAGCCUUGCUGCCUUGAACAAGAAUGAAGCGUUGAAUGGAGGUGGGAAACUUUUUGUCAUGAAACAUCCGGAUCUUAAAGUCCGAGUAGUUCAUGGAAACACAUUGACUGCUGCUGUUAUUCUGAAUGAAAUUCCUCAAGAUGUUGAGGAAGUGUUCUUAACAGCAUCUACUUCUAAGCUUGGAAGGGCCAUUGCAAUUUACUUAGCUCGUCGUAAAGUUAGAGUCUUGAUGCUUACUCAAUCCACUGAAAGAUUUAUAAGCAUUAAGAAUGAAAUUCCAUUAGCUAAUCAAAACCUUUUGAUUCAAGUGACAACUUAUCAAGCAGCUAAACAGUGCAAGACUUGGAUUAUGGGAAAAUGGAUCACUCCAAUUGAGCAAAAUUGGGCACCACCAGGAACACAUUUCCAUCAGUUUGUGGUUCCACCUAUAAGUGAAUUCCGAAGAGAUUGCAAGUAUAGUAAGCUUGCAGCUAUGAAGCUUCCUGAUGGUGUCCAGGGACUAGGCAUAUGCGAGUACACAUUAGAAAGAGGUGUGGUUCAUGCUUGUCAUGCGGGUGGGAUUGUUCAUCUUCUUGAAGGUUGGGAACACAAUGAAGUUGGUGAGAUUGACGUAGACCAUAUUGAUUUGGCUUGGGAAGCUGCUUUAAAACAUGGUUUUAAGCCAGUAUGAAAGUCAUGUUAUAAAACCAUCGUUGUCUUCUUAUGACUUAAGAAUAAGUGAUUCAAACCCCCAAAAAAUAUGCAUCUUUGAUUGUAUGCUUAUUGUCAAUGUA